UCGAGCUCCAGUCCGGACUGUGGGAGAGGUGCUGCUGCUGCUGGAGGAUCCGGAUCUGAAUCUAACCUCGGUGUUCAGUGUUCAGGCUGCGGCUCGUGUUCAGGGUUAUGAUGCUGCUGAGGCUCGGUCUCCUGCUCUGCCUGGUUGCUCUGAGCGGAGCAGCUUCAGUGCGUGUGAGUGUAAAGGCUGGAGAGCCUAACUGUGAGAUUUAUCUUCUCCCCAUCUGCACCCGAGAGUUCAUCCCUGUGUGCGGAUCUGACGGCAAAACCUACUCUAAUGAGUGCAUGCUCUGCCUGGAGAACAUGGAGAAAAGGUCCAGCGUCAGUAUAUUUCGCUCGGGGACGUGCUGAGAGACACAGUUAUCCGUCCCCCAAAAACCAGAGAGACACUUUUACCGUCCAUCCUCUCAGUGUGUCAGAAAACAGAGUUUUAAUAUGGAAAUCUUUAUUUUUAUCUCUUAACUUUUAAUUUUAUCUGUUCUCUUUUAUUCCAACUUAUAAUUAUUGUUAAUAUUUUUUGUUAAUUAAAGGAAGUUUUAAGAUUC